UAUUCCCGUGGCUCUGAGCAUGCUCAUUUAUGGCAGAAGCCAUAUUGACCUUUGGUUGUCAGUGGUCCCCACGAGAAAAAUCGACUGAAUUGUACUAGUUAAGACACAUUUAUGUUAUUUUUCACAAUUUUCGAAUAGUCGGUAAAUUGGUUAGAUAGGCGAUUUCGUACGAAACGUCUACACAUGCAGCACUGCCUGAAUUCAAGCUUGUAAAAUGCGCGACACCGUUUGCUUAAUUUCAUGGCGUUCGUUUUCAAGUCAAGUGGCAGUUGACGCGGAGAACUAGUUAUGUUAACAUUAUUUACAAAGAUUUCUACAGAAAGGAUUCCAUAAACAAGAUCUCUGAUUGACAAAGUGUAAAUUAGGUAGAAUGGGUGCAUUUUUGGACAAGCCAAAGACAGACAAACACAAUGAGGGGGGAGUGGGAAACACCCUGCGUUACGGCCUCAGCAGCAUGCAGGGCUGGAGAGUGGAGAUGGAAGACGCCCACACAGCCAUACUGGGGCUUCCCUAUGGACUCAAACAGUGGUCCUUCUUUGCCGUCUUCGAUGGUCAUGCAGGUGCUAAAGUUUCGGCAACAUGUGCAGAGCAGUUACUACAAGAAAUAGUCUCAAACGAUGAUUUUAAAGGAAAGCUGGAGUUGAAAGAAGGCACAGAAAUUCAACCAUCUCUGGAAGACGUCAACAAAGGAAUAAAAACUGGCUUCCUGCAGCUGGAUGAGAAGAUCCGCGGAAUGCCGGAGAUGGUGAGCGGAGAGGAUAAAAGUGGAUCUACUGCUGUAUGUGCCAUAGUGUCACCUCACCAUAUAUUUUUUGCCAAUUGCGGAGAUUCACGAGCAGUGCUCUCUCGUGAUGGCAAAUGUCAUUUCACAACCUGUGAUCAUAAACCAAUCAACCCAGCAGAAAAGGAGCGCAUACAGAAAGCGGGAGGCAGCGUUAUGAUUCAAAGAGUCAACGGUUCCCUGGCGGUAUCUAGAGCUUUAGGAGACUUUGAAUACAAAAAUGUGCAGGGGAUGGGUCCCUGUGAACAGUUGGUGUCCCCGGAGCCUGAGAUUUCCACGGAAUCCCGGAGCGACAAGGAUGAAUUUCUGGUGCUGGCUUGUGAUGGGAUCUGGGAUGUGAUGAGUAAUGAUGAACUCUGUGAUUUUAUUAGGAGCAGAAUGAGGGUCACAGACAGCUUGGAGCAGAUCUGUAACAUGGUGGUAGAUACAUGUCUUCAUAAGGGUAGCCGAGAUAAUAUGAGUAUUGUAAUCGUAGCUUUCGAGGGAUCUCCCCGACCAACAGAGGAAGCUGUUAAACAAGAUCAGGAGCUAGAUGCAAAAAUAGAAGCAAAAAUUAAAGAAAUUAUAGCCCAGCCUGAUAUGGCGGAGGCCGAUUUACCUUAUAUAAUGCACAUGCUUAACGAGGUUAUGGACGGCUUUCCUCCUGGCGGAGGCAUCACUUCAAAGAGAAGCACAAUAGAAAGCAUAUUAAAGAAAUUGAGACCUAAUUCAUCUGAGGAUGAGGACAGAGGAUAGACUCCAGUGUUAUUUCAACAGGAAGUGGUACCUCCGUCUUAGACCGAGUGAUUUCAUUCAGACCCACAUAUUCAACAUUUCGUAUUUUGCUCAAUUACACCUAUUUCCGGAGGUCUUGGUUCAACAUGCUGUAACGUCAAACUGAAAAUUACUGAAGUAGUUCGUUACAGUUCUCUAUAAUACUGAUUAUCUUCAGGUCUCUUCAGUGGUGAAAUUAUAAAAGUGACAAUGAUAUAAAAUGUUGGAUUUGUUAUAUAAUGUUACAAAUGUUUAUCAUUCAGAAUUCUGAUGAACACCACUGUACCUUGUUGGUUGCUAUCGGUAUGUUUCUAUUCAGCGGUGAAAUUGUAGUCAUUAAUGUCGAGUGAGAGAGAGAGAGAGAGAGAGAGAGAGAGAGUCUGAAUUUCCUCAGACUGGGAAUAUUUGCACUAGAGUAUGUGUUCUAUUGAGAUGUCUGUUCUUCAUAUCGCAUAUGUAUAUAAUAUAUCUGGCUCCUUCAUGCAAAUCACAAAUGUUAAACACAGCUGUGUUGGACAUUGGGUAAUAUGUUGACAUCUUCACAACGAUUCAGGACUAAUUUUUUUCAAAGCAGAAUAUUGUCUAAUUUUUGCUAUGAUGCAGUACAAAUUACCAAAGUAAAAAGGUUUUGCUAUAUUAUUAUUUUUUUUAUGUUCAGUCAUUCCUUUAAUAAACCCCUCGGUUCAGCUUUUUUUAACAAAAAUGAGCAGAUUUUGUAUGUCUGCUUUUGCAAGAAAUGUUAAUAGUGCUAUAUUUUAGGAUUUUUUUGUUGUCGUUUAUGUAAAAAUGAUAUAUAUAUAUAUAAAAUACUAUAUUGAAUGCAAACUGCGAUUAUUGAUAGAUAACCUUCCUAUCUUGUUGUUGAGUGUAAACAGUGUACUAGUUUUUUACAGUAGCAAUAUGUGGUGACUUGACAGGAGUUAUUCCCCUUGCUAUUAGCCGUUUGAACUCGUUAGUUAGUCUGCACACACUGCUUGUUGUUCAUACGUGUGGACCUCGUGCGAUUGUAUGUCUUAGGGUCUGUCACAAAAUAUCGCAGCAUUCUGGUCAGAUUUUAGGACAAUCCUUGACCUUUUAUUACAGUAGUUUGAGCAGUGGUUAAUUCAGUUCAUCAUAAUUUAUCGUAAUUUUCUUCAAUAUUUCUUUUCUCUUUUUUUGUAUAGAAUAUUUCUUCUGCUCUUAGUAAUUUUGACUUUAAUGAUUGUGCAAUUUGUCUAAUUUCUUCUACUUUGUAGUGAUACUUGAAAAAAAAAAUUACUGUUGAUUGCUGAAAGAUUGUAUCUCAUAUAUUUAUCCCCUUCUUCAAAUUAUUAUGAAUUGCUAUUAAAUCUGAAAUAAAUGAGUUAUUUUUUUUUUGUUUUGCAUAAUAGUUUGGUACAGAGUCGGAGAUUAUUAAGGUUAAGAUAUAGAGGUGGAAAAAAAGAUGCAGAAAUGAAGAUCCCGGAGUUUAAAUCAACAUUUUAUACUGGUACAUUCCGAUAAAUAUAAAAUAAAUUUUUACAGGAAAAAAAGAUUUUCAAAUUUAUAUAUAUAAUAUUAUAUAUAUAUAUAUAUAUUAUAAUAUAAUGGUGUAUUUGCUUGUUGAAGGGAAGAGGUUAUGAUGCAUACAUCAUGUACAUAUAGGGCGAUGUUUUUAUUUUGUUGAUGUUUGUGUGAGCGUCAUUAAGCGACCUGUAUAGAUUAUAUAUAAACUUGUGAGCCUAGGAGAUACAGUAUUAGAUUCAGUGUGUGUGUACUACAGUGUAACUGGUAAAUCUGCCCUAGUCACACUGUUCUCAUUCUCACUAGUGACUUGUCUCAGCUUUAGAUAAGAAAAAAAAUGAUAUACCAAUAAAACUGAAAUAUUUCCA